CUAAGAGAUCUUCCUGCACCAGAGCAGAGAGAUGGAUAAUAACACCGAAGUCGUCGGUACCGGACGUAAUAGGAAGGAAUGGCUUUUUUUCAGCAAUCCCCUGGACUGACUAGUACCUGUAAAUCACAGGAAGCGUAAUGAAGUGUGUAUCCUCUGAGAACUGAACUGAGCCUCAGGACCACAUCCGGCUCACAUACUUGCCCAGGAGACAGCAGAGCUGUACAUUUAGGGUAACCGGUACCGGAAACAUAAGCACCGCACAGAACGGUACCGGCUUAGCUUUUACUGAUCUAGCGGUGAACUAUAGCUAGCCAUGGCCCUGGUAACCCUGCAGCGAUCCCCGACCCCCAGCGCAACGUCUUCAGCCAGCACUAGCGAGGAAUUUGGGAAUGAAGAAGAUCGGAAGCCAAACAUUAGUUUAAGUGACAGCUUUUUCAUGGUAAAGGGUGCGGCCCUCUUCUUGCAACAAGGAAACAGCUUCCAAGGGCAAAGAAGUCUUCAGCACGUCAACAAGAAUGCAGGAGAUUUGCCUCAGCACCUUCAGAUCAUGAUCAAUCUUCUCCGCUGUGAGGAUCGCAUUAAACUGGCAGUGCGUUUAGAGAGCGGUUGGUCGGAACGGGUUCGGUACAUGCUUAUUAUAUACAGUAUUGGGCGUCAAGAUACAGAGGAGAACAUACUGUUGGGUAUUGAUUUUGCUAGCAGAGAAAGUAAAAGCUGCACUAUCGGAAUGGUUCUGCAUCUGUGGAGCGACACAACCAUUCGUCUGGAUGGAGAUGGAGGCUUUAGCGUUAACACUGCAGGGAAAACUCACGUGUUUAAGCCGGUGUCUGUCCAGGCAAUGUGGUCGGCCCUGCAGAUGCUCCACAAGACUUGUGAGGUUGCCAGGCGAUACAACUACUUCCCUGGGGGGCUGGCUUUGGUGUGGGCCACGUACUAUGAGAGCUGCAUUAGCUCUGAUCAGAGCUGUAUCAAUGAGUGGAACACUAUGCAAGACCUUGAGUGCAUGCGACCAGACUCACCCAUUCUCUUCAUGGACAAACCCAAUGAGGGCGAAAGGACUGAGCUUGUCAUCAAAGCAACACUCAGGAGUAUUAUGAUGAGCAAAGACUUGGAGAAUGUAACCUGCAAAGAGAUCCGCAAUGAGUUAGAAAAGAAACUGAGCUGUAACUUGAAGGAGUACAAGGAAUAUAUUGACAAUGAGAUGUUAUUAAUACUGGGGCAAAUGGAUAAAGCUUCUCCUAUAUUUGAUUACCUGUAUUUAGGCUCAGAGUGGAAUGCAUCAAACCUGGAGGAGUUGCACAGUGCAGGGAUUGGAUACAUUUUAAAUGUGACCAGAGAAAUAGACAACUUCUUCCCAGGGCUCUUUGCAUAUUACAAUAUCCGUGUAUACGAUGAAGAGACAACUGAUCUCCUCUCCCACUGGAAUGAGGCUUAUCACUUCAUAAACAAGGCAAAAAAGCACAACUCCAAGUGCCUUGUGCACUGCAAGAUGGGAGUCAGCCGAUCCGCUUCCACUGUUAUCGCAUAUGCUAUGAAGGAGUAUGGCUGGUCCAUGGAAAAAGCAUACAACUAUGUCAAGCAGAAGCGCAGUGUAACCAGGCCGAAUGCUGGAUUUUUGCGUCAGUUGUCAGAAUAUGAGGGAAUCUUGGAUGCUAGUAAACAAAGACACAACAAGCUGUGGAGACAACAUGUGGAACUUGGCUUGCCAACAAAUGAGUUUGAUGCCAUCUUCCCUGCUACAUUUCCUCCAGAUAACUUUGAAUCUGAACUAAAUUACAGCCUAAAUGAAGAUGAUGUAGAGGCUCAAGCUUUGCCAGACAGUAGAUGUUUUAGACAUUUAAUUGAUAGUCAUGAGCUAAUUGAGCCACCCAACAGAUUGCUUGAAGUGGAAGACCUCGAGAGAGACGCAAUGUUAGAUGAAGUACCACUAGUACAGCCAUACAGUACCUUCAGAAACAAAGUCAAUUCUGACAAGAGGGCUAAGAUAGAGUCGUUUGCAAAUAAUUCAGACUUUUGUGAGAAGGAAGUGAGAAAGAAACUAGAGUUUGAAGAGGAUUUGAACCUUAAAAAACCUAGUGUCAAUCUUAAGGCAAUUGAAAAUGAAAUGAGGAAACAGAAGACUAUAUCCCUUGUGCCCAGUAAUGAUGAGCAAAAUAUGAAAAAAGAUAACUCAAAUGGCAGCAGCAAGAGAAGUUGUCCUGAGGAUGGUGAGGAAGAUGCCAUAUUUGGUAUUAUAAACAAAGUUAAACCUUCUUACCCCUCAUGUAAAGACUGCAUGUAUCCUUCAAUAACAAUGUCUUCUGAGGCCUGUGAAGACUGCCCACAAUUGGAUCCAGCUGUGGAGCAAGAUUCUCCAACUAUAUGCACACAGCCGGCACUAUUACAGCACAUGACUUCAGCUGUACUUGACAGAAUACACAGUCGCCAACUGUCUGACAAUUUUGCAGAAUCAUGUCCUUCACAUUUACAAAGGGUUUCAAAAGAGCUUGAUAUAAAUAAUCAAAAACCAGACUAUAAAGAUUUUAUUGAUCCAGAAAAGCAGCUGGUUGGUAUAACCCAACCAGAAUCCACUACUGAUGAAGCCACAAUGUCAAAGAAAGAUCCCAGACAAGCAAAAGACACAAAAUAUUUAUUUUUCAGCAAGGACUUGGAAAAGCCUACAAUGCACAGCUACUUGAUGCAGCAUCAAGAAUCUAUUAUUCAGCUUCAAAAGGCUGGUUUGGUAAGAAAGCAUACCAAAGAACUGGAACGACUCAAGAGUGAAAGCACUUCUGUGAUCAAAGAAAGCCCUGCAGAUUCUAAUGUACUAAAGGGUAUAACUACUAAGCAUGGGCAAGCUCAGUCAGCUGAAGAUUCAAAGGAAAGCAUGGAAAAGACUGGGUUAGCCAGUAUCUUGGAAGAAGUAUUCCAGAAAACUUCUACUCCAUGCUAUUUCCGGAUGGACCAGAUUAGCAGUUAUACAAAAGAUUUUCUAAAGACAGUUUGUUACACUCCAUCAUCGUCUUCUAUAAGCUCCAACCUUACACGAAGCUCAAGCACUGAUAGCAUUCAUAGUGUACGUGGGAAGCCAGGGCUGGUGAAACAGAGGACUCAGGAGAUUGAAACAAGGAUGCGUCUAGCAGGUCUGACUCUUUCCUCUCCUCUGAAGAGAUCUCACUCUCUUGCCAAACUUGGAAGCAUCACUUUCUCCUGUGAGGAUUUAUCAUAUGACUAUGAUGCUCUUCAGACAUCUGAUUGCAGGAGCUCAAAAUUCAGAGAUAAUUCUGUCCUUUUCGAUACACCAUUAUCACCCAGGAAAAAGGAAUCCCUUAACAAGACCAUGGAGUCUGCCAAUGCCUCUGUAAAGACAGAAGAGAGAUGAUAUAACAGUUUAUUUUUAUUGUACUUAUUUGCUGUAGCCAAACUCCAUUUUAGUAUAGGCCUUAGCUACUUAUGAUGACCAACUAGUUUGUUUUAGUUCCAUGACAGUAUUUGAUGAGUAACUGUACAUAGAGAUAAUGUGUAUGCAUUCCUUUCAAUGUUUUUUUUCUGUUUACACUGUUACUGCAUAUUUUUAUAAUUGUUUCAUCAUGUAAAGUAAAGUUUGUAUUUCAUUUUAUUAUAAAAAUGGACAUAUUGUUUGAGGUGUGCAAAGAGCAUUUGACUCCCCUUCCCCCUUUACAUGAAACAUUUCAUAUGUUAUGAAUUCUCACCUUCUUAGUAUUUGUGUUUGUUACAUAACCAAGCAAAUCUCAAGCUGAAAUAUUUGAUUCUAAGUCCACAAUACAGUUCACAGACCCACCUAUAUCUAUUUAAGCGUUUGACAAGUGUAUUUAUUGAAUCAUCUGCUGUGAGGAUAUUUUUUAACCUCUCAGCAACACGGACGUACCCUGUACAUUGCAAAUCCUUAAUGUUUUUUUGGGCCUGUUAUAGAGCGGGUCUUGCCGAAUGUAGUGCGAUGCGCAACAACUUCACUCAUGGAAGCAUCGGGCUUUAACCCCUUCAGUGGAAAACGACAGAGAGGAAUGCAUGCAUAACAAUUGAAGAUGGGCUAUAAUUAAAGGCAAUAUUAGUGUAAAAAUAAAAUGCUUUGUUUUGAGCAUUUUAUUUUUAAACCUAUUCCCUAUAAACUUAGAGUUGCACUCUUGGGACUCACCCAUUCUGCUCAAGAAAUGUAUUCAUACAGAUGUAUGCCUGCUUCUGAUAUGCAGGGGAUAAAAACAUAGUAAAAGAUAGUAAAAACAAUUGAACAAACUACAGCAUUUUAAAUUUUUAGCAGAAUGACCCUUUAAAUUCCAGAUCCCCUCCAGUUUGAUGUUGCAUGUACUCCAGUAGUAUCUACACAUCCAAUUGUAUAUUAUGUAGAUUACAAGGAUCAAAGCUUGCAACACCAUAUGCUUUUAUUUGUUCACUCUGGAAACUGGAUAAAAUGGCUUCAAUUGUUUUUUUUUCCCCCUCAACGCAUGUACCUCCAUUUAUUCUGGACAAACCUGACUGCAUUAUUAUACAAAUGUUUUAGAUGAAUAAAUUUAGAUGAAUUUGUGCCAACUAAAAUAUUGGCAAAGAUGUAAGUUAUUAGCCAGUCUUAUGCGCCAUGACUUUGAUCAGAUAUCACACUAGUACUUUGCUUCCUAUGGAAUGCUGGUAACUGUAGAACAUUUGCUUAUUUUUACUUGAAAAACCUUUGUUAGUAAUUAUUUUAUAAUGGUACGAUAUUCAUCAAUGUGAAACCAUAGCUGCUUAAAUAGAAAAAAAUGUGAUAGAUGCUGUGAUUACAUUGCCAUAUAUCUAUUUUAAUGCUGAUAAAAAAAAAACAGAACUACGUAUAAGCAUACAUUUAAAAAGGAAGAAUAAAACAUGCAUUUGUUUUAAGCGAGCAGCUACAGAAUUAGUAAUUUAGCCCCCAUCCCACAUUUUCCUUUCCUUGUAUAAGGUGUACUCUCUUUUUUUAAGAGGUUAAUUCCUUUAGCAAUGUUAACAAUAAAAAAAUGUACAUAAAAGACAUACCAUAACAGAGAAGUAUAUAAGCGCUAUGUAUAAUCGUGCUUCAUUUAAUAUAUAUUUGUAAAAAGUAGAAUUUGUACCAAUACCAAAAAAUAUAUGAAAAAAAGCUGCACCAUGAUACACGGUGUCUGUUCAUGAUGCCGUUAUUCACACCACAUGACUUGGUCGUAUAUAACCAAAGUUUUGUUUCUGUCUUGGUGGUGUGACGGUCCUUGUAACAGACACUGCACUUUUAGCUAUCCAAAGAUGUAAAGCCCCAGAAUAUAAAUGUAAAAAUUCCACAUAUGUUAAAUAGUUCCUUCAUAUACCUCAUCCAACAUUUAGUUUCUGGAUUAGGUUUUGCCUAGAAUAAUAGGCAUUUCCUCAGACGUAUCAAACUAUAGGGUACAAGUCUAUAUGAAAUAAAUAAAAAAAUGUGUUGCUCUGCAAGAUGGUAAUCGCAGUGUCUGAUAGCGUUGCAAUGGAUUUCACUCUCUCUUUGGAAGUAAAAGUGUUGAUGCAUGUUCAAAAUAGCAUCGGAAUUGUUAAUCAUCCUGCUGAUAAAACAAUGUGCCCUACAGUGAAACUUUUGUGUCUGUCAAAUACAUAGCGUUUCCAGAGAAUAAAUGCAGCCUUUAAAUCA